UAGGAUGUGUUUAUUGGUCGGAAUAUUUGCAUGAAUCUUUACGGAUAUUACUUAUGGUAUAUCAUCGGUAUCAUGCAUGCAUAGGAUAACGACGAAAUAAGCUGUAUUGUAGGCAAUGCAGAAAGCUUUCGAUUUCAGACUGGGAGACACAACCGCCACCGCCGAACCUGCGUAGUCAUAGUUGAAAGAAUAGGAACACGGACCGGGGACUUUUGCAGAGAUGGCUGCAGACGACAAAGUGGUCAUCCUAUCGGAUGAUGAAGAGGACCAGAAGAGGAAGUACUUCCUGGACGAACCCUUCAGCACUCUUUCCCUGGAGCUGCAGACCGACCGAGAGCCAGGCUCCACUCCAGUGUCUGCUGCAGCAUCAGACACACAGUCUGCUCCAGAGACACCCAUGGCCUCACCACUGAAAGACCUAGGCUGCUUUGAGAGGAUAUGCCUUAGUGUCAACUCCCAGCUCCUCAUCUCCAAGAUCUUCUACUUCUUCUUCUAUGCAGCAUAUGGUUCCCUGCACCCACUCCUAGCCGUCUACUACAAGCAGCUCGGGAUGUCGCCAAGCCGUAGUGGACUGUUGGUUGGGAUCCGGUACUUUAUAGAGUUCUGCAGUGCUCCAUUCUGGGGAGUGGUGGCCGAUCGUUUUAAGAAAGGGAAGCCAUUGUUGCUGUUCUCUGUGCUGUGUUGGUUGGUGUUCAACUGUGGCAUCGGCUUUGUCAAACCAGCUGCCAUGAUCUGUAAGGAGAAGGUGGACAUCACCACUGUGGCUCCACCAAUACUGCCCUUGACGACUAUGAUACCAAUUAACGGCUCGCUACCGGACGUUUCCACCAAUCACACGAUGAGAAGUCGUCGGGAUUUGUUUCGAAGUUACUUUCCUAGCUUCCUUUCUGUUUUGAAUGGCCUUGAUUCUGGCUAUAGCGUACGCCGCAGGCAUAGGAGAGGUGCUGAUAGCAAUACCACCCAAUCCACAGGGGUGUCUUACGAGCAAAGCAAUGCCACGGCAACAACCACUUACACCCCCACCCAUGCCCAACCCAGAGUGGUGCCUAAUGAGCAAGCCAAUACCACUCAGCUUUUACAGAAUACCACAACUAUGCCACUGACCACUAAAAUCCCAACCCUUGCCCCUACCCAUGCCCCCACCACACAUUCCAUAUCGGUGCCUCACGAGCUGGGCAAUACCACUCAAGCUACACCAAAUACUACUUCAACAACUAUGGCAACCACUUCCACCACCCCUGCCCCCACCCAACCCAGAGAGUACAUCAUUGAGUACAACGAGGAUCAGGUCGAGAGCAUCUUUCUCCUAAUCCUCUUGGUCAUCAUCGUGGGGGAGUUCUUCAGCGCGCCGGCAGUCACCAUUGUGGACACGGUGACGUUACAGUACCUGGGGAAGCACCGGGACCGUUACGGCCUGCAGAGAAUGUGGGGGUCCCUUGGCUGGGGCGUGACCAUGCUGCUAGUGGGUAUCUGGAUAGACCACACCCACCUUACGCUGCUCAUCGACGGCGUGGUCGGCUGUAUCCUGCCCGAGUAUAAGAACUACCAGGUGGCCUUCAUAGUGUUUGGAGUGAUGAUGGGCCUGGCCCUGGUGGUAGCAACACAAUUCUACUUCGACAGUGGGGACUACAGACAGGAGUUGCCUCAGAGGCCCCAGGAGGUAGAGAUACCACAAGUAGACGGGAACGUGGCAACUCCAGAGGGGAGCGAGAGCUCCACCUCGGACCAGACCCCCAUCACUCCAGAGUCCACCACCACCGAACAGCCUUUCCACUACAGUGACCUCCUCAGGCUGCUCUGUAGUGUUCAGUACAGCACGGUGCUGUUCGUCGCCUGGUUCAUGGGCUUCGGUUACGGCUUUGUGUUCACCUUCCUGUAUUGGCAUCUAGAGGACCUGAAGGGAACCACCACGCUGUUCGGUGUGUGUUCGGUUCUGAGUCAUGUGUCGGAGCUGGCUGCUUACUUCACCAGUCAUAAGUUUAUCGAGCUGGUGGGACACAUCAGGGUCUUGUACAUUGGCUUGGCAUGUAACACAGCACGCUACCUGUACAUUUCUUACUUGGAGAAUGCAUGGAUAGUUCUGCCUAUGGAGGUCUUACAAGGUGUGACCCAUGCGUCGGUUUGGGCAGCCUGUAUCUCCUACCUGAGUGCCGCGGUGCCCCCAGCUCUGAGGACCUCUGCCCAGGGUAUCCUCCAGGGUCUACACCUGGGGCUGGGACGGGGCUGCGGGGCCAUGGUGGGGGGCAUCUUCGUCAACUAUUUUGGAGCUGCAGAGACGUUCAGAGGGAUUGGAAUGGCUUCCCUGGUUAUACUCCUCAUCUUCUCCUUCAUUCAAUGUCUGACUGGACAGAACGAGGAAAAGGAGGACAGGAUGCUAGCAGAGAACAUUCCGGUUCCUUCCAGUCCAGUUCCCAUCGCUACCAUAGACUUGAUGCAGAACCAGAGUCAGGUGGGUGUGAUGGUGCCCCGCUCUAACCCUAGACCCCCGGCUAAGAAGACGAAGCACCAGGAGGAGCAGGAGGAUGUUAACAGACCUGCCUGGGUGUUGAGUGGAUCCCCCUGGGUCACCAUAGCCUUCGCUGUCUGCCAGAUCAGAGAGAUGUACUGCAUGGCCAAGAGUAGUCUACCCUCAGAGACACAGCCACUGCAGGAGCAAAAUGAUCAGACCUCUUCUGAAUACAAGGCAGUGGAGACUGAACACAACGCAGAGCAACAGGAGUCGCCACACCACCGUAACGGUUCCCCCAGCAGCAUACCUAGCAAGGCCCACCCCGAAUCCCACCCCUCUCCCAUACCAGACUAGGGGAGCUCUGUGGAGCACCCUGCCUUUUUCACCUGGUAACUUUGAGGCUUCACAUCAACUGUCUAGUACCAACCCUUUCCGGCAGUUGAUUAAAGGCUUGAGUUGAGUUUCGAGACGGUACUUACAUUCACUCGCGUGUCUCCUUUGGUUCCUGCGACAUGUACAGUAGGCAAGGGGUAAGGAGCAGUGAGCACUACUCCACAUCAAUGACUGUGUGCUGUAAAAAGUACUGAAUGAUAAGCUUUCUGUGUGUGUGUGUGUGUGUGUGUGUGAUCUGGCAUUGUGUAAAUAGAAUUUGAUCUAGAAAGGAUCAAAAGGGAUUGUUGCCUUCUAGAAUGUAAUGUAUUUAUUUCAUCUGUGUCUUCCUGCACGUGCUUCUGACAAUCAUGUUAUUAUUUUGACUCUUGGGAUGAAAUGAUAUGUGUGUAUACAAUAAAAAUGUAUUUGUA